GUCCCAAUAGCAGAUCUACACACAUGAACAUGUUACUUGUCGUGAACGUACACGUACUCCUAUCAAUGAUCGCAUGAAUGCAUAGUCUAGACCUUACCACACCCAACUAAGCAAGCAAGACCGUCGUGUCGUGUCGUGUUGACAUCUUAUCUGCCUGCGCCACCGUGGUCAUCGAAAUCCGCCCCCUCUUGUGUCCAUAUGCCGCCAGCUACUGCCUCCUUCUUCAAGCAGUCCAGGAACAAGAUGCAGGCAUGGGUGACUAACAACCCGGGUCUUGGCCAUAGCCAGCCCGGUGUUGCCACUUCUGCUCCUGCGACGACCUACGAUCCUACUCCGGGCCGAAACCAAACACCACCGGAGUCUCAAUCUCAGCCUCAGACUCAGGUGCAGACACAGGCACAGGCUCAGGCUCUCGCACCGAUGCGCCACGUAAACAUACCCCAACCGAAGAUUUCGACGACACAGCAAGUCUCACCAGGCCGUUCCCGUUCUCCUAUAGUCCAUGCGAAUUCUCAACGCGCCGCCGCAGUUACAGCUGCGCGAAUCCCCUUGUCCUCUCGAUCUAUCCAUGCCCCUACCCGAGAUGGGCCCACGAACCUUACACGCAGCAAGACGAUCUCCUCCGAGCAAUCUAAGCGGCCAGCACCCUUCUGGGAGGGGUCAACGAUAGAAGGCUCUGCGUUUAGUGACACUGCUAGUAACAAUGAUUCUAAUGCAUCGUUUGCCUAUCGUCAAAUGCCCGCCCAGGCACAUCCUGCUUUAAGCUACCAACAGCAUGAAAGUACACGUCAUCGCGCUGCUGCGAGACAGUUCGACCGGCUAGAUCAGCCGCCUCCGUUCAUUGUGGGUGCUGAUGGCUUGAUUAAUGUGAUGGGAAACGAAAAUGGAAAUGGCCUCACUAGGAGUGCUUCAACCCCCGACGCUAAGAGUCAGCGUGGUGGCUUUAAGGAAAUCAUCUCUGACAAUGGUCGUGACCCAUAUACCGACGAAAGCUCAUAUAAUGGGUCCCCAGAAAAGACACCAUCUGGGAAAAGGCUCCAGCAUUCAAGGACUAUACCGCUUCGACCAACUAGGCGCGGGUCCUACCCUGAACGUAACGGUCACUCAGACGGUGAUGUUGUUGUAAUACCACAGCCUACUAAGCCUCAAGUAUAUGUGAACCCGAGCCAUAAAGAGCCCGACCAAGCCGCGCAAGUCGCCCAACUAGUGCAAGCACAGUCGGAGCACUUACCCAGACUGCAAGUACCGGAACACCAGCCACAUCGGUCAACUAUUUUUGCUGACACCGAUACCCCCAUGGUUAGUAACAAGGACGAAUCAGAAGUUGCAAGUGUUGAGCGAGAACCGACGCCUAUGCCUCCCGCAAAGACUAUCGCGAAGGCGAAGGCUCAAGUGAACCGGCAGCUUUUUACUCGAUCUAGCAAAGGCAAAGCUAGUCUGCGCGAAAGUGCUAUGCCUCGAUCGUCGACAGAGAAACGUCUGUCUGCCACGAAUAAACGCCCCUACGAGCUAGAUUACGAUGAUGGAGCAUUGGCAGCCAUGAACUAUGAGAUGCUAAAGCUAGAAGAAUUUGAUUUUGAUCCAGCUCAGGCUGAAGCGCGAUCAGUUUAUGAGCCGCCUCGGGGUACUUUAUCCGAAAAACUAGAGCACUUUCUGGCCAAAGACGAAGUGAAUCAAGCAGAAUUCUUCACAAAGAUGUCUAUCAAUGACUGGGAGGAGUCGGGGGACUGGAUCCUCGAGAAAUUUGGAGAUGUUAUGUCUCGACUAAAAGUGGCCCGCAAGGAAAAACGGGAAAUGGUAAGAGCAUUCGAAGACGAGAUCGCCGAGCGAGAGGAAGCGGUACGAAACAAGAUCCACGGGAUUGGUCAGACUUUGGCCGAUUUGAAGAGUGAGGGCGAGAGUAUUGUGGGAAGGAGCUCUACUGAGAUCUGACCCUAGAAGACAUAUCUGGUGUGCGCAAAUCUACGACCACGGAUGUUACUAAACUAAUUGUACAAAAACAACAAUCAGAAAGUACCGUGAGGUGAAGUAAUCACAAAGCAACUUGGGUUGGGACUAUAUAAUGUUAUUACGAUUUACGACUGCAUGAGCCGGCGUUUCGGAGUUUGCUUCUACUACUGCUUU